UGAAGAGGGAAGCGCAGUUAACUCUCAUCUCAACGUCUGGAGUUCCACAGAGACGACAUCCUGACUCUCAACUGUUUUUCGUCAUUGAAACUUCACUAAAACACUACUGAAGGAUGCCAUUCGGAGGGGGGAACAAGUGUGGCUGUUGCCAGAAAACAGUGUACUUUGCAGAGGAAGUGCAGUGUGAGGGGCGGAGCUUCCACCGAUCCUGUUUCUUAUGCAUGGUGUGUAGGAAGAAUCUGGACAGCACUACUGUAGCAGUCCAUGAGAAUGAGAUCUACUGCAAAUCCUGCUAUGGGAAGAAAUAUGGACCAAAGGGGUAUGGUUAUGGAGCAGGGGCUGGGACCCUCAGCAUGGACAAGGGAGAAUCACUGGGCAUCAAGCCUGAAGAGGCUUCCGAGCACCGCCCUACUAAUAACCCAAACCCGUCUAAGCUUGCACAGAGGUUUGGUGGUUCUGAUAAAUGCCCGCGUUGCGGUAAAGCCGUCUACGCUGCAGAGAAAGUCAUAGGAGCAGGAAAUUCAUGGCAUAAGAUGUGCUUUCGCUGUGCUAAUUGUGGUAAAGGUCUGGAGUCCACCACACUGGCUGACAAAGAUGGAGAGAUCUACUGUAAAGGGUGCUACGCCAAGAACUUUGGUCCAAAAGGUUUUGGCUAUGGCCAGGGAGCUGGUGCACUUGCACAUGCUCAGUAAAACCUGAAGAGGGCGCUGCUGUUCAGAGAAAGAAGGAGAGAGAUCGAGAGAGGACGGUUUCUCUGAGCUUUACACAGAAGACUCAACACUCAGACACAGAAGCAGAGGAAUCCUAACAUAUCCAUCCCUAUCCAGAGAGACUGCCUGUAUGCAUGUAUAUUAGUAUGUCAUAAUGCCAACUACAUUACUUUCCAGUUUAUAAUCUGUAUACUGUUGUCACAUUUCACAUUUACAGCAUAAGGGGAUUUGGAAGAUUUUGGGCAGCUCUGAAACCAUGACAGUAGGAUUUUGGUCAUAAUAGCUCUAACCAAUUUCAAUUCAAACACUCAGCACACACAGUUUAAGCUUUGGCUUCAAAUACAGCACUGCAGAUUCAUUCAUUUCCAAUGCUCUCAGAUAAAGAUCAAAAUUUUGUCUUACCAUUUCAGUAAUUAUUUUUAAAUGUUUUGUAUGAAAAUGAAUCUGUGUUACAAGCACAAAUUUAAACGUAUUUUGCACAUGUAUAGUUGCCAAAAGAAAGGCAUAAAUUGAGUAAAAAAAAUCUACUGGUUCUAAAGAUACAUACAGUGCAUGAAAACCUUCAGACUUGUGCUGACGCAUGAUGAAGUGUGUAGGAAUGUCUCUGAUAUGACAAAAACAUUCCUCAGGUAAUGGAACCGCUCUAUGCAUGUCGCUCUCAUGACUCAUGCUUAAUAAAUACAUA